UCCGCGCCCAGGGCACCCAGGAGGCCCGGCCUCGGUGGGCGGGGGCGCCUUCGCUCCCGGCGUCUCCGUGGCCUAGAGGCGGCGGCGGGCAGACGCGCGGGCAGCCGAGCUCAGCCUCAGCGCGCAGCCGUCGGGCUCUCCUUCCCGUCGCUGCGCGGCUUCUGCUUCUGCUUCUGACAGGCGCCCCCGCAGGGUUCGUUCGGGCUCCGGCAGGGCAGCAAAUCGCGAAGAAGCCGAAGGCGGCGAGCGGAGACGGUUUGGGUCUGCGGGAAACUUGAGGAGUGAGCUGUCUGAAGACUCCACCAGCCCGGAUGGCUCAAAUAAGUCAGGAAAGAUCUAAAGUGGAACACAGUCAGUUCUGUUAGGAAUUUCCUGGAUCAUCCUGGAAACCACCGUCACUGGAUCUGAGUUGGAACUUGCAUGGUCCAUCUUGCCCCUUCCUGGAGGAAGGUGCCUUUACUUGUCCCCAAAGUUGGAUCUCUGGAGAUAACUUGCUUGUGUGGUCGGGUUGCAAUUCAAGGUCCAGUCUGCAGAAAUGUACCAGAGUUUAGCAAUGGCAGCCAACCAUGGCCCACCAGCAUAUGAAGGGACUAGUAGUUUUAUGCACACCACAGCUGCCGCUUCUCCUGUCUACAUACCCACCACAAGGGUCACUACCAUGAUCCCCAGCCUGCCUUACCUCCAAGGGAGUGGUUCGUCCCAGCAAGGCAGCCCAGUCUCCAGCCACUCCAUUUGGACUCAGCCUGGAGCUGAGAGUGUUGCUUACAAUCCUGGAUCUUCUCAUCCAUCGGUAUCCCCAAGAUUCUCCUUUGCUACCAGCACCCCCAUCCCGGCAACUACUUCCAGAGAAGCAUCUGCUUAUAGCAGCUCUCUUAGUAUCUCGGCCAACAGCAGGGACCAGUAUGCUCGGAGUUUCAGUGGGUCCUAUUCCAGUCCAUAUCCAGCAAGUUAUAUGACCCCAGAAUUGGGCACCACCUGGACUUCAUCUCCCUUUGAUAGCCCCAUGCUCCACAAUCUUCAGAAUCGGGGAACUCCAGGAGCUUCAAGACACACCAACCUAGAGUUUUUUGAUGAUUACUCCGAAGGUCGGGAAUGUGUCAACUGUGGUGCCAUGUCCACCCCACUGUGGCGAAGAGAUGGCACCGGCCACUAUCUUUGCAAUGCAUGUGGACUCUACCACAAGAUGAAUGGCAUUAACCGGCCAUUGAUCAAGCCCCAGAGGAGGCUGUCAGCCUCCCGUCGGAUUGGGCUGUCAUGUGCAAACUGCCAUACAUCUACAACCACACUGUGGCGCCGGAACGCCGAAGGAGAGCCAGUCUGCAAUGCUUGUGGUUUAUACAUGAAGCUCCAUGGGGUCCCAAGGCCUUUAGCUAUGAGAAAAGAAGGGAUCCAAACCAGGAAGCGUAAACCAAAGAACUUAAGCAAAUCCAAGACAUCAGCAGGAUCAGCCAGCAAUGAAAGCCUUCCUUCUGCCAUUAGCUCAGCCACCUGCACCAGCACAACCACCACUACUGCUGCUGAAGAAAUGCGCCCCAUCAAGACAGAACCAGGGAUCUCAUCUCAUUAUGGACACCCAAGCCCUAUUCCCCAGGCAUUCUCUGUUGCGGCAAUGUCCGGGCAUGGAGCUGCUCUUCACUCCACUGUGUCCACUCUCAAACUUUCCCCACAAGCUUACCAAGCAGCCAUCAAUCAAUCUCCCCAGCCUAACUCCAAGCAAGAUUCCUGGAACAGCCUAGUGUUAGGGGAAACGCAUGGAGACAUCAUCACGGCUUAACCAUCUUCUGCCCCCUCACCCCCUUCUAAGGGGGUUACCAGGCUUGGGACUCAAAGGCGAUGGGCAACAGUCAAGCAGUGACAUUUGUUCUUUUUUUUCUUGUUUCUCCCUCCCACCCUUUGUUUUGUCCAGUUCUGGUCUUAGAAGAACCAUUCCAAAUUGCUUUGGUCCGUUCAUGGCCUAGAAUCACAGCUGCCUUAAAUACUGUUAUCAAAACUGCCAAGUUCUCUUUAAGAAAUGCUCCAGAUAACUUGGACAUCAAUAUUACAUGUUUAUACAUAAUCCUAGAGAAAUGUAAUAUCAAGUGAUAUGUUUGUAUAUGUGUGUGUAAAUGUGAAGGAUGUGUAUGAGUGUGAAUGCAAAUUUGCAACUGCAGCUUUCUAUUCAGUCUACAGUCAUCUUUUGAAAAAUGGAGGGAUGAACAUACAUGUAUGAGCCAGCCCAUAAAAAAUAGAAUGGAGGUUAAAAAAAGAGAGAGAAAAAGUAAAACAAAAAAAAUGGUCAUAUAUAAACCAGCAAUAUCCCUAAACUUUGUAUUAUAGGGAUCAGCAGCUGGUGGCCUUUAUGCAAGAUCUGGUUUCCUGGGAUGUGAUAGCUAUCCAUCCAAUUGCUAACUCAAAGCCUAAAGGGAAGGAUGAGCAGCAUCUUGGGAAAGAAGAAUGGAGAACAGGCUAGUUGCUGGCAUUGGCUUGGAUUUUGGUUCUCUGUUUCCCAUUUUGAUUAUAAAAGUUAUCCUUCCCCAAAGAAACUACUGACCAAAAUUAAUUAUCUUUGAUAGCAAGAAACUUAAACAAAUUUAGUCAAGGACAGUAGCCCAUAAGAAGCUAGAAGGAAAAGGAGGUGCUGUGGUUGGCAAAUUCUGCAAUCAAUGCUGAACUGAAGACUUCAGAAAAAGAUCCAGGGAAGACUCCAGAGUUUUUCAAAGUGUGGAACAGAAGCAACAGGUUUUGUCUUCAAACAUAGUUGUAAUCAUGGCUGGUGGAUUCUAGCAGGAAUUUUGUGGAUCCAGCAAUUUUGUGACUGCCAGCAGCACAUUGGUGUUAAUUUAAUUGCUUUUCUGUCAACUUGAUUAACCCCCUUCCUUCGCUAUUAAUAAAUCUAUUUUUCCUUUCCAA